GGCUGAUGGUGCAUGUUGAUAAAAGAAUUACACUCUCUGCCUUCAAGCAACAUUUGGAGCCUUUUGUUGGAGUUCCAUCUUCUCACUUCAAAGUCUUUAGAGUCUACGCCAGCAAUCAAGAGUUUGAGAGUGUUCGGCUGAAUGAGACGCUUUCGUCCUUUUCUGAUGACAAUAAGAUAACUAUUAGACUUGGAAGAGCCCUUAAAAAGGGUGAAUACAGGGUCAAAGUCUAUCAGCUUUUGGUAAACGAGCCAGAGCCAUGCAAGUUUCUUCUCGAUGCAGUUUUUGCUAAGGGAAUGACUGUCCGACAGUCAAAAGAGGAGCUGCUUCCUCAGCUUCGAGAACAAUGUGGCCUAGACUUGACAAUAGACAGGUUUCGCCUGCGAAAGAAAACUUGGAAGAAUCCAGGCACCGUAUUUCUGGAUUAUCAUAUCUAUGAAGAAGAUAUCAAUAUUUCAAGCAAUUGGGAGGUCUUCUUAGAAAUACUUGAUG